AUGCCUUCACCUUCAAUCACAUCCCACUUGCACCCCACCCAUGGCUUCCACCCAUCCUCAAUAACCACCCUAACUCUCCUGCACCACCACCAAAAUUGCACUAUCCAUCUAUACUACACGCUUCCCCCUCAAAUAUUCGUCGAUCCCCAUGAACUAGCCCUUCGACGUGCUUCGUAUGCUUACAGGCAUUGGGGAAGUACGGAGCUUGAGAAGCCUGCACAUGCGUUGGAUACAGGGGAGGCGGAUACGGAGGUGCUUAUUAUUUCUGAGGACACGAAGUUCCUCGUUGGCGUUGACGGUACGGACACGGUAGCGCAAAGGGAGGUGACGGUUGAUGUUCCCAUGCAUUUGCGCUAUGGACGUCCGAGCGCGAGUGGGGGGUACGAGGAGGUUCAGCUGAGGUGGCCUACUGCUUUCUUUCUCUGUCCCAGCGACUCGUCCUCGUCAGACCAUCUACCCUCACAUUUGUGUCCUGAUCUCAGCCUUCCAACUCACGUUCUCAACUCCUUGCCCCCCAAGAAGAGUUGUUUCCCUGUUCACCCCCUUCCAAGUUCUGGCCCCAAUAGUAACACUAUUCUACUACCACUAGGAAACACGGCCCACCUCGCAGCCGUUGAGAUAGGCACGGCGGCCGUCAUACUCGCGUGCUUUUUCUGGCUUGUGAAAGUGGCUUGGGACACGGCGGGAAGGUUGAACGCGAAGAGGAGGAAUUCAAAGCGGGAGUAG